GGCGGCGGCGGCGUCUCCAGAGCCGGAAGGUAAACGACCUCCGCUGCCUGCAGCCCGACGCCUCCCGGGUCAUGUCGGCCCAGGGUGACUGCGAGUUCCUGGUGCAGCGAGCCCGGGAGCUGGUGCAGCAGGACCUGUGGGCAGCCAAGGCUUGGCUGAUUACAGCCCGCAGCCUCUACCCCACCGACUUUAACAUCCAGUACGAGAUGUACACCAUCGAGCGGAACGCUGAGAGGACCGCCACCGCGGGGAGACUGCUGUACGACAUGUUUGUGAAUUUCCCAGAUCAGCCGGUGGUGUGGAGAGAAAUCAGCAUUAUUACUUCAGCAUUAAGGAACGACUCACAGGAUAAACAAACCCAAUUUUUAAGAAGUUUGUUUGAAACUCUCCCUGGUCGGGUCCAGUGCGAAAUGUUACUAAAGGUUACGGAACAAUGCUUCAACACAUUGGAACGAUCGGAAAUGUUGCUUCUCCUUUUGAGACGCUUCCCUGAGACAGUGGUGCAGCAUGGGGUUGGCCUUGGGGAAGCAUUAUUAGAGGCUGAAACUAUUGAAGAGCAAGAAUCUCCUGUUAACUGCUUUAGAAAAUUAUUUGUUUGCGAUGUCCUUCCUCUAAUAAUUAACAACCAUGAUGUCCGAUUGCCUGCCAAUUUAUUAUAUAAGUACUUGAACAAAGCAGCUGAAUUUUAUAUCAAUUAUGUCACUAGAUCUACUCAAACAGAGAGUCAGCAUCAAGGUGCCCAAGAAGUGGCUGAUUUAAUGUCACCCAGCAAACGGAGCUCUCAGAAGUACAUAAUAGAAGGGCUGACUGAAAAAUCAUCGCAGAUUGUGGACCCUUGGGAGAGGUUGUUUAAGAUUUUAAAUGUUGUUGGAAUGAGAUGUGAAUGGCAGAUGGAUAAAGGAAGACGAAGCUAUGGUGAUAUUUUGCACAGAAUGAAAGAUCUCUGCAGAUACAUGAACAACUUUGAUAAUGAAGCUCAUGCAAAAUAUAAAAACCAAGUGGUUUAUUCCACUGUGCUGGUCUUCUUCAAGAAUGCAUUCCAGUAUGUCAACAGCAUACAACCAUCUCUAUUCCAAGGUCCUAAUGCCCCAAGCCAAGUUCCACUGGUUCUUCUUGAGGAUGUAUCAAAUGUGUAUGGUGAUGUAGAAAUUGAUCGUAACAAACAUAUACAUAAAAAGAGGAAACUAGCUGAGGGAAGAGAAAAAACCAUGAGUUCAGAUGACGAAGACUGUUCAGCAAAAGGGAGAAAUCGUCACAUCGUAGUCAAUAAAGCGGAGCUUGCUAACUCCAUUGAAGUGCUCGAGAGCUUUAAGCUAGCCAGGGAGAGCUGGGAGUUGCUCUACUCCCUAGAAUUCCUUGACAAGGAAUUUACAAGGAUUUGUUUGGCGUGGAAGACAGAUACUUGGCUUUGGUUAAGAAUCUUCCUCACUGACAUGAUCAUCUAUCAGGGUCAAUAUAAAAAAGCAAUAGCGAGUCUGCAUCAUCUCGCAGCUCUCCAGGGAUCGCUUCCGCAGCCGCAGAUCACAGGACAGGGGACCCUGGAACAUCAGAGGGCACUCAUCCAGCUCGCAACCUGCCACUUUGCUCUGGGGGAGUACAGAAUGACAUGUGAAAAAGUCCUUGAUUUGAUGUGCUACAUGGUACUCCCCAUUCAAGAUGGAGGCAAAUCACAGGAAGAACCCUCAAAAAUAAAGCCCAAAUUUAGAAAAGGUUCAGAUCUGAAGUUGCUGCCUUGUACCAGCAAGGCUAUCAUGCCAUACUGCCUGCAUCUAAUGCUGGCUUGCUUUAAGCUCCGGGCUUUCACGGACAGCAGGGACGACAUGGCGCUGGGCCACGUUAUCGUCUUGCUUCAGCAAGAGUGGCCGCGGGGAGAGAAUCUUUUCUUGAAAGCUGUCAAUAAGAUUUGCCAACAAGGAAAUUUCCAAUACGAGAACUUUUUCAACUAUGUUACAAAUAUCGAUAUGCUGGAGGAAUUUGCCUACUUAAGAACUCAGGAAGGUGGGAAAAUUCAUCUGGAAUUACUGCCCAAUCAAGGGAUGCUGAUCAAGCACCACACAGUCACUCGGGGCAUCACCAAGGGUGUGAAGGAGGACUUCCGCCUGGCCAUGGAGCGCCAGGUGUCACGCUGUGGCGAGAACUUGAUGGUCGUGCUGCACAGGUUCUGCAUCAACGAGAAGAUCUUGCUCCUUCAGACUCUAGCCUGACCGGGGAACCCUUUCCGCCAGAGGAAGGGCAGCUCACAGCCAUGGGAUUUUUUGUGAAGACAUAAAGCAUUCGUAAAUGCUGCCAUUACAACUCUUAGAAAGAAGAAAACCUUCUGAGUUCAACUCCUUGGUUGCUUGAAAAUAGUUCCCAAGAGUCUGAGAAGCUAUCUCUAUUUUUCAGAGUCAUUUUUUGUAAUUUUUGUAAAACAAAAGAACCUGUUUUGUAAAUAAAAAUCAUCCUAAGUUUGGGGCUUUUAAGAAUGUAUUUCAAUUCUUACGAGUUUCUGAAUAAGACUUCACUUUAUGUAAAUGAAUAUUUUUCAUAAUCUCAAGGUCUUAUUUUCCAUAGUUAGGCUUCGGUAGGUAUUACGUAUCAACAUACUUUCACACCUUCCCAUGCAGUAAGUUUUAAUACCAAAAACCUUCAUGCCAGAAUGAACUUGAGUGAACUUCAAUGAGGGAGCUGUGGGUGGGGGGGUCUGUGGGGGUCUGUGCACCAGCCCAGGGAAGGCGCCUCCUCCCUCCCGCCAAGCCCCAGGUGCCCUGUGGCCUGGCUCCCAGCCCUGGCUCUGCCCAGCAUCCUACUGCCCUGUAGGGGAACAGGUUAACUCCUCUGUGCCUCAGGCUCAACCUUGAAACCCAAGAGAUGAUGGCACUUCCCUCACAGGCUGUGAAGACUGAGUGUUCCCUCACGUGACAUCUGUGGAAGGUUGCCUCGUGUGUCCAAUUGGGCCAGUGUUAGCUCUCAGGUUUAUUUUCUUCUUUUCCUGUCCUGAAAUAUAUCAGAUAAACAUCAAAUACUUGUUUCUAGGGGCUAUUUGAGAAAGAGAGGGCCAAGACGUUAGUUACUUUG